UGACCGAGGAGGCUCCCGGGGAGGUGCUUCCGGCCCGUGCCGCUCCGCCGGCGGCUCCCGGGAAUCCGGGGGGUCCUGGGAAUCCGGGGGAUCCCGGGGCUGCCUCCUGUCCCCUCAAGGGCUCCCCCGCUGCUCUGACCCCCCGGGGGUCUCACGGCCCCGCUCUGUGUCUCCCCACUCUCCCCCCGGGCCCUGAGGGCAAAAGCGGGUCCCUGUGAGGGCCUCGCCCCCCCCACUCCGCUCAUCAUCCCAUAUCCCCCGAGAGCCGCGACCACGGCGGGUUAUGCCCCUUCCCGCGCGGGUGGGACCGCACAGACCCUCCCCGGCGCCUCCACCCCCUCCCUGUUUUCCCGGUGAGUUUUUUCCCGGUGAGCUUUCCCGGUGAUUCCCUCCCGCCCCCGCCAUGGAGUUCGCCGAGCUGAUCAAGACGCCCCGCGCCGACAAUGUGGUGCUGCACCGGCCGUUCCACGCGGCCGUGGAGGGGACGCUGUGCCUGACCGGCCACCACCUCAUCUUCUCGUCCCGCCGCCACGACAACGCCGAGGAGCUGUGGCUGCUCCACUCCAACAUCGACUCCUGCGAGAAAAGGUUCGUGGGAUCGUUGGGCACCAUUGUCAUAAAGUGCAAAGACCUGAGGAUCAUCCAGCUGGACAUCCCUGGGAUGGAGGAAUGUCUGAACAUCGCCAGCUCCAUCGAGGUCCUUUCCACCCUGGACUCUGUCACCCUCCUGUAUCCCUUCUUCUACCGGCCCAUGUUCGAGGUGCUGGAGGACGGCUGGCGCUCCUUCCUGCCUGACCAGGAGUUUGAGCUCCUCAGCUCAGUGACAGAUGAGUGGCGUCUCAGCUGCAUCAAUAAGGAAUUCUCUGUGUGUCCCUCCUACCCUCCAGUUGUCAUUGUCCCCAAAUGCAUCACCGACGACGAGCUCCGGAAGGUCGCCAUGUUCCGCCACGGCAGUCGCUUCCCAGUCCUCAGCUACUACCACAGGAAGAAUGGGAUGAUCAUGAUGAGAAGCAGCCAACCCCUUACAGGUACGAACGGGAGACGCUGCAAGGAGGACGAGAAGCUGAUCAACGCCUCGCUCCGGCCCGGCAAACGUGGCUACAUCAUUGACACCAGGUCCUUGAAUGUGGCCCAGCAGGCCAGGGCCAAAGGAGGGGGCUUUGAGCAAGAAGUCCACUAUCCCCAGUGGAGGAGGAUUCACAAGGGUAUUGAGAGGUUUAAUAUCCUGCAGGAAAGCCUCAUCAAACUGGUGGAAGCUUGUAAUGACCAGUCCCACAACAUGGACCGCUGGCUCAGUAAACUGGAAGCUUCCAACUGGCUGACUCAUGUCAAGGAGAUCCUGACCACGGCUUGUCUGGCUGCUCAGUGCAUUGACAGGGAAGGUGCAUCAGUGUUAGUCCAUGGGACUGAAGGAACUGAUUCCACGCUCCAGGUCACUUCUCUGGCACAGAUUAUCCUGGAUCCAAGGUGCAGGACCAUCCGUGGCUUUGAGUCUCUUGUUGUGAGGGAGUGGCUGCAGGCUGGUCACCCUUUCCAGCAGCGCUGUGCCCAGUCAGCCUAUUCCAACAGCAAACAGAAGUGGGAGGCCCCGGUGUUCCUGCUCUUCCUGGACUGUGUGUGGCAGAUCCUUCGGCAGUUCCCUUGCUCCUUCGAGUUCAAUGAACAGUUCCUUAUCAUGCUCUUUGAACAUGCUUAUGCUUCCCAGUUUGGGACUUUCCUGGGAAACAAUGAAAGUGAAAGGGCUAAACUGAAGCUGCCUCAAAAGACUAUGUCCCUGUGGUCCUGGGUGAACAGGAAUGAAGAGCUGAGCAAAUUCCAGAAUCCCAUUUACGAGGCCAACAGCUUGGUCAUCUGGCCCGCCGUGGCCCCACAGAGCCUACAGCUCUGGGCAGGUGUCUUCCUCCGGUGGAACAGGCCUUCCCAGUACCUGGAGGAAGCCCAAGAAGAAAUGGUGAAGAUUAUAAAAUACAACAAGGAACUCCAGGACAAGGUGAAGGUGUUGAGGAGGCAGCUGGCAGAGCUGGAGGCGGCUGCGAGGGUGCAGCACAACCCGUGAGGUGCCCGGGCUUUGCCUCAGGUCCUUCCUUUCCAGCCCCCUCUACACUAAAGACUGACCAUGGAAAAGUGCAUGUGUUGCUGAGCCCUUGGGCCCAGCUGCCCUCAGCCCUCCCACUGCUGAAACCUUCACACUAUGAACCUCCCUGCUCUUCUGGGAGGGAUUUUUGUUUUGUUUACAGAAGACACAGCUGGGCACAGUGUCCUCUCUUGGCCGCUUCUCUGUCUCAACGUUGUGUACAGUGUCAGCAGGAGCUGGAACUCUUUACCUCCAACUGUGUGGAUGACCAGGAUGGGCCAAGAGACAGGAUGUCUCCAAUUUAUUUUGGACUUUUUCUGGGUUUGUUGAACUCUCUAAACACUCACAGGAUUAAAAUACAGACUUCUACAUAGAUAGGUAAAGGCAUUUUGUCUGAAAGCACCUUUUCUCCCCAAGAGUAGGUAAGGCAGCUUAGUUCUUUAGUUUCCUAGAAAAACUAGAAAUUGUUAAAAUCUAACUACAGUUUCUGCCAGUCUACACAAUUCUCUCAGUAGCCUUCACAUCUGACACUUGGGUUUUUGUGUUCAGCAUUGGCUUGGGAGCAGAAAUUUAAAUACCAAACCAGAGCAAGACUUUUCAGUGCAAUACAGAACUGAAGUAGGGAUUCUGCUGCUAAUGUUUAAGCCAUGACUUCCAGGUGGAAUUGUCCCUCAUGGAUAAAUAUCUCCUAAGAAAUAACAAGCUUCUUUUAUUCUACCUGGAAAACAAAAAAGGUUUGGUAGCUGCUGGAGGUGUUCACUUGCAGAACAGGGGCUCAGAGCUGUCCUUUUACCCAGAUCCAAGCUGCCUUCUUGGAAUUUCCAAGUCCCCUGGCUGGGUUUGGACACCUGGCCAGGUUCACAGCAUUGCAUCUACAGCUCAGCAAAGCACUUUUGCUCCAGCUGAUGUGCUUUUCCCUCUUGUGCUCUUAUAUCCAUGUUGUGAAACCUCAAAAAAGCAGGAGUUGGAAGUUCAGGUGACCUCACAGAUCUGCUGCAGAUUAAGAGGCCAUCACACUACAGAAAUGCUCAGAGUUUAGAUGAUUUGUAGCUGCUAAAAUUACUUAAAGACUUUAGGGAUAAGCUUUUUUUUUCCAUUUAACUUUGUAUUUUGUAGCUGCUCUUCCUGUUUCUGCGACUCCAAUCUGCUUUUAUGAAAUCAGAGUUUUCUUUAGCGAUUUUUUUUCUCCUUUCAAAAGACAGGUAAGAGUAGGUCUGAAAUACUCAUUUUCUCAGCUCAAUUCCAUGGAUGGACAGGACUGAGAAGAGUUGAAUUAACAGCAGCACAUGUGGCUGGGAUUAUCCAGAAAUCUUGCUGUUACUGAAAUGGAGCUGCAAGAGGUCAGUGGUGUUCUCUUUGGAAACUGUUGAGCUUCCAGUUUGGGGAAUGAAGCUGCCUUUAUUUGAAAGCCACUUUCACACAGAUAAAAAUGCAGGAUCUUUAGUUGUCAUAGAAGCAGCUGGAGAGUGAUCUGCAAAAAUCAUGUGGCCACUAAAUAUAUUCUAAGGAAAUCCUAUAACCAAGGAAGCAAUAUAAAAUUAUGUUAUAGCGAUUAAGUGCUACCUUAAUGCCUCUUGUUCACUCUUUAUUUCCUUAAUUCUUUUCUUCUUGACUAACCUAAACUUAGCCCUAAAGUCAUGAAAAAAUACCAAGAUCCCUUUUAAGCCACUGAAGGCAGAAAAGUAAUUCUCCCUGCUUGUAGCACUGAUUUCUUUUUAGGUUUGGAGAGUGAUGGUUUUGUUCACUAAAUCAAGUCUGACACAGGGAAUGCUGCUCAGGGUGAUCUGUCCUGCAUCACAGGGGAGGCACCAUUUGGCUGUUCCCUCUUCCCACCUCCAAAUCUGGCUGCUGGAGAUACCUCUGGGUAUGUUGUUAAUAUAAGCCCUCUAAAAUGACUGUUCACCCUUUAAAAUCAUUUCUGUGGGAUCUACACCUCCCUGGGUGGUGUUUCCCUGCCCAGUUCAGGAUUUGUACAUCUGAAAUCCAUUAUCCCCAGCUAGAUGGGAAGGAUUCAGAAGGCACUGUUUUCCUUGUAAUAGGCUAUACAUAAAACACCCUUAAAGGUUAUGCAAUUUCCUAACACAGUAAUUAUAGAUUGAGCUAAAUAAUAGAGAAGCAGAGAUGGGGUUUUUUGGGAUCUAAUUGCCUGGCUCCUCCAGCCUCUCCUGCAAACUGCAGGCAUCCCAGGAAAUUGGGAAACCAGCUGUGACAGCCAACAAAAGGGCAGUGCAUUCCCCCUGAGCUGGCAUUUAAUCCAUCCUCCACUUGUGUCUCAGGGCUGAAUCCACACCCAAGAGCUGUGUGUGCCUUGGCUUGGUGGAUCCCAGCCUUUGUGUGGAAGUGCUGGGGUCACCCUGAGCAGCUCCAGCAGUUCAUUCCAUAAUUCCUGUCCCUGCAAACAGGUUACCUGCAGCAGCCCUGUGAGGUGUUGCAGGUGAUGGAGUUGGGACACGAUGUGGUGUUUUAACUCCUCCUGGGAGAGGACAGUUCACAGAGCUCUUUGUGUCAGGCUGCUUCCAUGUUCUCCUUUAACCUUUCCAUUCAUUCCCAGUGCUUCCCAGGCACCAGUCUGGUGCCUGCUGGUGUGAAACACAGUGGAACACUCCGAGUCUUUGCUUCCCUCCUUGUCUCCCAUAUUUAAUCAUGUAUUUAAUAUCGAUGUUGGAUUUGCCCCCUCUCAGAGGGGGACACCUGCCCCCUGAAGUCCCUGACACCCCCGUUGCAGAUUCCCAGUGUCUUCCCAAGCUCCAGGUGCUGUGGCACUGCCCAGCUCUGGCUCUUCCCUGUGCCACUGCCUUACACCCCUGCUGACCCCCUGCUUCUGCUCUUUUGCACACACUAAUUGUGGAACAAGCUGGACACUGAGGGCCCCACCUCCAAAUUUUGGGGUCAGUCAAUGAGGACACUGCCAUUUACCAAAAGAAAAAAAGAAGAAGGGAAAAGGAACUAACUUGCACAGUUUUCAUAAGGGAAUUAUUUACCUUCAAUAUUUUGAUUGUAUUGAUCUAACUCUUGAAUGUGGCACUGGUUGAAGUGCACUCCUGUUGCAUAGGAUAGAACUUCAAAUUGCACUGUACAGCAUUUUGGUGUCUCAUGUGUUCUUUGCUCCAGCCUUGGGAAGUGCUCUUGUGUGUCCAGGCUCCUGUGGGAGGAGGGAAGGUGUAUCCCAGCACUCCCUGUAUUUUGUGAUAGCAGCACUGUGUGGUGUGUGCUCUGUAUCUGUUCACUGCUGCCAAUUCAAGUGAUGAGUGCACUGCUGUCCCAACAUCUGGAAUUGCUAUUUGGACUUGGCUGCUGCAUCAGUCUUGAUUUUUCUUGUACAAAUUGCAAUAGCAGGGCUGGGAGUUGUGCUGUUUUAGGUGUAUGCUGUGUGUGUACAGAACCCCAGCUGCUGUGGUAUGGAAUAUAUUGCAAAAAAAAGGUAACAAAUCUGAGGAAAAAAGAUCAUGGCUCAAUGUUCAGCCAUUUGGGGGGAGAAAAACAGAUACAAAGUGGCUGUAAACUUUGCUGUAGAUAUGUGAGAAUAUAGUAGAUGUGUCUGUUUAAAUUAAAAUCUUGAAGACUAAAAAGUUCUUUAA